AUGGCGGCCGACGUGUCAUCGUCUUCAACUUCCGCUGCAUGGUCUGCAAACAAUGCUGCUGCAACGGCCCAUCAAUCCAGUGUCAUGCAGUCGCAACCAGACGUAGGCGCUUCUCCAGUUGCAGUGCAGAAAGCUCAAGCACAAGCGACCACAUCACUCCAGCAACAUCAGCACCUUGUAUCGAAGACCAACGCUGUUGAGCCUGGACGCUUCUCGGCGCUGCCCUCUCCAGGUCUGAUGCUCGACGGGCCGGCGGACAAGCUGCCCGGAAUUCAAGCGCAGCUUCACAACCUGCAAGCCUCUGCCACGAACAACUUCGCUGCCGCCCUCGAAGCGGACCAGCGUGCAGCUCUGCAGCCCACAGUUGACACGCCAUUCACCUCGACAGAAGACAUCAUCAGGCGCUUGCUCCCUUUCCACGUCUUCCAAAUUCCAUCGGAAGACCUGGACUAUGUCAUCAAUCAGCACAAACAGCAGCAUCGUAAUCGAUCACUCAAGCGCAAGCGGCGGCGGAUAGAGACACCUGUGGAGGCUGCUUCUGCGUCCGCGACGUCAGAGGCAACGCCCACAGCUGCACCAGCUCCUCUCCUUGCGUCUGCACAAGAACAUGCUUUGCAAUCAGAGAGCUUCGCUGAUGCAUCAGCAGCCGCUUCUACAAGUUGUGCCGCAAAUAGCCAAGCCGAGGUAGGACCAAGCAGUGUAGCGCCUCUGGCAACGAUAUUAGAGCCAUCCUCGAACGAGGUCAACGGGCAGCCAAGCAAAAAGAAGACUCGAUUGCGAGUUAGACUACCUGCAGCACCAUCGGGGUCAUCAAGUGAAGGAAAGGGAAAAGACAGAAGAGCCUCGGUUGUCACGGUUGGCGGCCUGAACGGAUACGAGAUUGCGUCGGAAAAGGGCGAGGACGGGGACUCUGCUUCGAAGAAGGACCAAACACCUCAGCCACCGCCCGAGCCAGAGCCUUUCGUGCCGUGGUGGGAAGCGGAUUUGUCCUGCUCCUCCACAUCUGACUACACCGUUGGAUUCGAUCACAACGAUAGCUUUCCAUCAAUGAUUGAAGCGAUAGACUUAUUUGACCGCCACGCCUCCAUCAGCGAGCGCGUGAUGAAAUUGCUGAUCGGAGCAGAUGGCGGCUAUACACGCGCGCAGGGCCAAGUGUUCUUGGAGACGCAACUGGACCGGUACAAUUUAGAGUACGAGCGCGAGUUGCUGCAGCAGGACACACAGCUGCUGGUCCAAGCACGGACUCGAUGGGAGACCUUUGCGCGCGAGCAUCCGGAGGCUGCCAAAGCCGCGUUGCCGCCGCCGCCACCACCACCUCCGCCACAUCAACCUCAGCCUCAGAUGCAGCCGCCUUUAGCACGGUUGCCACCACACCAGCCGAGUCCAGCGUCUACGCUGGCGUCGCGCACAGUGCAAAUAACUGAUGCAGCCACAUCAGCAAAGUCGACAGACCUUUCAUCGCAGCAGCACACAAAAUCGAGUGGUGCACAGCCACAACCGCACAAUCAAGCCCCGUCAUCAGCAGGCGCACAAGGGGGUUCUUCAGCAUCAGCACGUUCAAGCAUACCAAACCAGCCCAUCCCGCUACAGAUUCCGCUGUCCGUCUUGCCGCGUUUGACGGCUCUCGGCAUGAACGCCAUCCCCGCUCCGCAUCUUGUGCCUGCGCUUGCAGCGAGCGUCUCGAUGGGAGCCGGAGCAGGGGCUGGGACUGAUUCUGGCACAAUCGAUGCCAGUAGCUACUUACGCAGCAUCGGCCCAGCUACUGCACCGCGCAGUGCGCCGCCCGAUCAGCGCGAGCCGGCUUUGCUCAUGGGCAUCACCCAGACGCAACCAUUACAGCAGCAAAAAGUUCAAGCGUCUUCAGCUUCUGCUGCUGCUACCCCAGCCUUGCACGUGCUGCAUAUUAGCGUGCGCCUCGACAAGUUGCUGCCGCACCAGCUUUCCGGGCUUGCGGCGAUAAUGUCAGGCUUACAGGCGCAGGCACAAGCGCAGGCACAUGCACAGAAGCAGACAAAGACGAAGGCGCAAACGCAAGGAUCGGCACAGGCACAGGUUGAGGCUGCAGUGAAUGCAGAAGCAGGCGUUGCCGAUGCCGCAGGCGCAUCCCAGUCGCAGCUGCCAUCGCAGCCACAGACAAGCGCCGCGGCGCUAAAUGAGCCUGUAGCUAGUAAUGCUUCCCCCGCGCCUGGUCCUGGGUAA